GCGGCGUCUGAGUGGCUCGCGGGCCGGAGCGGGAGGCCACGCGGCGGCCGUGCGCCGGGGUAGCGGGAUGUGCGCGCGGACCUCCCGUCGCCUCUCCCGCGCGGGAUGGAGCCUCGGGAGCGCCGCUGAAGGGGUGAGGCCUCCGGCUGGCCGCCCUCAUGGAGCUGAACAGCGCAGAGGCGGCCUCCACCCGGUUCCUCGGCCUCACUCAGCGCUCUGUCUCUGAAGAUCUGGGUUGCAGACGUGGAGAGUUUAGCAGAAAGCAUUAUGGAUCUGUGGAGCUUCUUAUAUCUAGUGAUGCUGAUGGAGCCAUUCAAAGAGCUGGACGGUUCCGUGUGGAAAAUGGCUCUUCUGGUGAGAAUACAGACUACACUCCGGGUACCUGGCACAGAACAGACGUGCAUUUGGAAAACCCAGAGUAUCAUACGAGAUGGUAUUUCAGAUAUUUUUUAGGGAAAGUUCAUCAGAAUUAUAUAGGUACAGAUGCAGAGAAGAACCCUUUCUUUCUGUCGGUUGUACUGUCUGACGAAAAUAAUCAGCGUGUCCCUCAAUACCAUUCAAUACUUUGGAGAAAAACAGGUACUCAGAAAAUAUGUCUCCCUUACAGUCCCACAAAAACAUUAUCAGUGAAAUCUAUAUUAAGUGCUAUGAGUCUUGACAAAUUUGAGAAGAGCCCAAGGGAAAUUUUUCAUCCUGAGAUACAGAAGGAUUUAUUGGUUCUUGAAGAGCAAGAGGGAUCUGUGAAUUUUAAAUUUGGAGUCCUUUAUGCUAAGGAUGGGCAGCUUACAGAUGAUGAAAUGUUCAGCAAUGAAACUGGAAGUGAAACCUUUCAAAGAUUUUUGCAUCUUUUGGGUGAUACAAUUACAUUGAAAGGCUGGACAGGCUACAGAGGAGGACUGGACACUAAAAAUGAUACAACAGGAACCUGUUCCAUCUAUACAGUUUUUCAAGGGCAUGAAAUUAUGUUCCAUGUUUCAACCAUGCUACCGUAUUCUAGAGAGAACAAGCAGCAGGUAGAAAGGAAGCGACAUAUUGGAAAUGACAUUGUCACUAUCGUAUUUCAGGAAGGAGAAGAGUCUUCUCCAGCAUUCAAGCCAUCCAUGAUUCGCUCUCAUUUUACACAUAUUUUUGCCUUAGUGAGAUAUAAUAAGCAGAAUGAUAGUUACAGGCUGAAAAUAUUUUCAGAAGAAAGUGUUCCUCUUUUUGGGCCUCCCCUUCCAUCCCCACCUGUGUUUACAAAUCACCAGGAAUUCAGAGAUUUUGUGUUGGUGAAAUUAAUAAAUGGAGAAAAGGCCACUUUGGAAACCCCAACAUUUUCUCAGAAACGUCAACGCACUCUAGACAUGCUGAUCCGCUCUUUAUACCAAGACCUGAUGCCGGAUCUACAUAAGGUAAAUAACAUGCUCAAUAGAAGGUCAUUCAGUGAUGUGUUACCAGAAUCCCCAAAAUCAACACGGAAAAAAGAGGAAGCUCGGCAAGCAGAGUUUGUCCGACUUGGUCAGGCAUUGAAGUUGAAAACCACUGUGAAAGGGGAUGCCACAGCUAACUUGGCAACCACAAGCUUUUGUAAAAAGGAGCCUUGGGAAUCUCAAUCUUUCUGCAGUAAUUUUCCUCAUGAGGUUGUCUGCGCAGAUUCUUGGGGCCAGUCCUUGCUGGUUUCUACAGAUGCUGGCAUCUUGCUAAUAGAUGAUGGUCAGCCGUCAGUGCAAGUAUUUGAUAAAACUCUCCAAAUAAAGCAGAUGCAUGUGUUGGAAGCUCUGGAUCUUUUGAUUGCCCGAACAGACAAAGGGAAAGAUUCUCGUCUCCUUGUCUUCAGACUCAGUGCUGUCCAAAAAGAUAUAGAAACAAAGCAAAUGAUAAGAAGCAAAUAUGACUGCAGAGAAAAUAAACUGGAGAGAACAAAAGGCUGCCAUUUGUACGCCAUUAAUACUCACCAUGGCAGUGAACUGAGGAUUGUUGUGGCUAUUCGGAACAAACUACUUCUCGUCACAAAGAAAUAUAAUCCACGCAAGAGUUUAAUCAGCAGCUCUCUGCUGUCGUCAUCUGAAUCUCCAGUAGAGGAGUUCCAGUACAUCCGGGAAAUAUGCCUUUCUGACCCUCCAGUGGUUAUGACGCUGGUGGAUGGACCUACUGGAGACAGUGACAAUAUGAUCUGUGUAGCAUAUCGGCAUCAGUUUGAUUUAGUUAAUGAGAGUACCGGGGAGUCCUAUAGAUUGCAUCAUGUUGAAACAAACAAGGUUAAUUUUGUUGCAGCUAUUGAUGUAUAUGAAGAUGGUGAAGCUGGUCUACUGUUGUGUUAUAAUUAUGUUUGCCAAUACCGAAAGGUAUAUCCUUUCAAUGGAGGUUCUCCACUGAUCCAGCCGUCAGCUUAUGACUUCCACUUCAGCUGGAAUCAAGUUCCUUAUGCUGUUGUCUGUGCUUUCCCUUAUAUCCUUGCCUUCACAACCGAUUCCAUUGAGAUCCGAUUAGUAGUGAAUGGGAACUUAGUCCACACAGCAGUCGUGCCUGACCUUCAACUUGUAGCAUCAAGGUCAGAUAUUUAUUUUAAAGCUACUGCUGCAGUAAGUGGAUCAUCUGACAGCAGCUCUAAGGAAAUGAGUUCAAGGAGUUCUCCUCAAACACCAACAGCUUAUGAAAUGCCAGAAUGUCCUCUUUCUUCUCUAGAAGGUGAAGUUCCAUGCAAAAACUUGUAUAAAAUUCCUCUCAGUAAUCUGGUUGGGCGAAGUGUUGAACGACCUCUGAAGUCACCUUUGGCUCCCAAGGUCAUCACUACUGCAACAUCCGGUGGCAUUGCCUCACUUCCAGUUACUCACUCACUAUCCUUAUCUCGUAUGGAAAUUAAAGAAAUUGCAAGCAGAACACGUAAAGAAUUGCUGGGCCUCUUGGAUGAGCCUAUACCCAAGACAGAAAGUGCACAGAAGCAGAAAAAGGUUCCUCGAAGACAGUCAGACCCCAGGCAGAGAGCAGUAAGAUCAACUAGUAGUGACAGGUUAAUCUCAAGCUCUUUUGAAACCUAUUCUGAAGGACAUCAUCUUUCCACUAGUUCAGAUCCCGAUACUUUAGCAAACAGGGAGGAGAGCCCACCAUCUAGCAAUCCAUUUCAGCUGAUUUCUUUAUAUGAUGAAGACAUCAUUGACUUGAAGUGAAGACAGUCUUAAAACCUUUCUUCCUUACUUCACAUUUUCUUACAACUCUGUGAGCUCUAUAGGAAUGUCACAAACACUGCUUCUAGUAGUAAAAUGUGGCUGGAAGUAUUGGUGAUUAAUCUUUAUAGAACCUAUGUUCUGGCUAGCUCAGCCUGGUUUGGUGAUGCUUAUAUCUUUGACAUAGGUAUGUUUUCUUUUUUCAGUUAAUGAACCAUUACUUUUUGUGGCAUUCUAACAGUAGGUAAUCAAUGAGAAAUCUAAGCUGAAACUGAAGUAAAUAAGAGGUAUUACUUGUUCUCAGUUUCUUCUAAUUUGAAGUACCUGAAUGACAUUCAGCUAAGUUAAUUGCUCUUACUACUAUCAUGAGUUGUUUUACAACAGUGUAUGUCAUGUGGGAAGAGGAAUUUUAUAACAUAAAUCACUCAUUUUGUUUUUUCAGUCUUUAAAAAAACAAGCAAAACAAAACAACCACAAACAAACAAAACAAAACAAAACAAAAAGACUUGCAGGCAAGGUCUUUCCAAACGGUCCGGUCUGUCCCUGAAAUGAUGCAGCCGUGGUAUGUUCACUGAAGAAUCAGGGAUGUUCUGUGAAGAGCAGGUAAGAUAUGAAGAUGCCGCUUUCUUUGCUCUGGCCUGUCCAUGCACAUUUUCUAGAGAAACCUGAAAACUGUUUUGGCAUUAAGAAUCCUUGAGCAGAGAGACUUUUUAUAGAAAACAAAAAACUUUCAAACUUUCAAAAUAUUUCUUAAGAAUUGGAAAUAAAAACAAACAAACAAACAAACAAACAAACAACCCCCCAAAAAAAACAAACCAAAACAAAAAACCGGUCAACUGUGUUUCUCCAUCUACUGGAAAACUGUUAUUGUAGUGUACCUACAGAUUUUCCCAUGACAGGCAGAAAAGCUAACCCCUGAUUUUUCUUUCUGACUACACAAAGAUUCCUAUGCAGGCAUAAGCGUUAGCUGUUGUCUGCUCUGGCACCAACCAUGUAAGUCAUUAUUCCAGAUAAUCAUAUUUUUCUGCCUGGAUCCAGACUGAAAUUUCACUGCUAAGAAGCUAGUUUUCUAUGAUGAAAUAGUCAUCUUAGAUUUUUUUUUUUGUUAUGUUAAAGGACAAGGUUUAAUGUUUGAAGCUUGAUUAUUUUUUAACACUUUCCUCUAGGCCAAAAACACAUUUUAAACUAUUCUGAAAGGGGUUUGGUUUGUUUGGGCUUUUUUGUUUUGUUGUUUUUUUUUUUUUUCAUGAAAGCGUGAUGCUUCCAGGCUUUUUAUAUAUGAAGAUUUUAGCUUUAUUAGCAAGUAUUUCUUGUUCUACAUGUAGAAUACUUCUGUAUCUUUGCUUUUAUUUAAUAAUACUGUCCACGUGUCAUGAUUUCACUUUCUGUCCAAGUAUGACCAUCUGGAGAUGUGUGCCUUUUGCUUUGGUCUGUCUGAAUGUAAAACUGUUUUUGCAAAGUGUUUUUUGCUCUGUUUAUUGUAUAUAAUGGCUUAAUUGCUCCACCUAAGAAAAUAUGCAAGGCCUUAUCUGAAAGGAUAAUUUAUUACUCUCAACUGGAGUAGGCGAUCAAGGAAUGAAGCAAUAUUUUCAACAGUGAUCAGUCUAGGAGCAGAAGCAGUAUUAACCGGUGGCUACUAUUAUUUUAGUAUUUUUGCACCCAUGGAUGUGUGGGGUGAACCUUAAUAAGCAGCUAAAAGGAAGUGCCAGCUCAGUCUUUGCAAGAGCUUGUAAUUCUUUUUGAGAAUAUUAUUUCCACAGACUGUGUUAAUUUACCCUGGUUUAUUCAUCUGGGCAGCUAAGCUUUACAAAAAAUCAGUCUGAAAGUAUCAUGUGGUGUUUAUUCUCCUGGAAGUUGUAAACACUUCUGUGAACUAACUGAAUCCACUUUAAGGAGCACUGCUUACACUUAGAUAUUUUUAGAAAGCAAAAGCACCACCUUUUUCCAUGAACAGGUUUCUUGAUGUAGUAUUUAAUUUCUGUUAUGUGGGUGUUUUUGACGACUGUACCGAUCUGUUACAAAACUGGAGCUUUAGUUAAAAUACAACUUUAAUGGGAAACUUUGCAAUGUUAGGAUAUCAGAUUUUAAAUAUAUUGCAGAUGUUCACCUGUGCAAUUCUAACAUGAUUUAACAUGAUUAAACCAUAGCUCGAUAGCAAUUGAAGCAAUAUAUGGAGAUUUUAAAACUUGAAGAACCUGAACACACAUUUAGGUACCCUGAAAGACAAGCCUUAGAGAUGGAGCACUAGGGAGAUGAAGAAGAAUGAGGAAAGCUUGACAGAAAACUUGACCGCUGGCUAUGAUGGCAGUCGGAAUGCAUGUAGAUGUGGCAUUUGCGUCACAACCAAGAUACAAUUAUAGAAAGAGGGGCCAUAAAGCAAGAGUGGGUUACUUCAACCAGAACCACAUCAGUGGCUAUAAAGUAUUGCUGUAAAGUAAGAGCGCGCGUGUGUGUGAGAACCUUUGGAUGUCUACCUGCAAGCACAGCAUGGAUGACAUCUAGCAAAUACUAACAAACAGCAAAAGGACUGUAAGGAGUACAGAUUAACUUUGAUUCCUCUAGCUAGACAAAACCAGAUCCAACUAGCUUCAUGGUACUUAUCUGGAACAGGAUGUUGGUUGUUGGUAUAGUUUGGAGAGAGAAGCCCAGCAACCGUCCUCACCCGCCACCUCUGACCUGAAUUUUAUGCUAUAGCUUGACUUAAUGAGUCAAGUGCAAGCUGUUACACCUCACAGUGGGAACUACCAGACUAUUACUUGUAUAGGACAGGAAGGAUCUGAACUGUGGAAAAAAAUUACCUGUCUUAAUUCCUAAUGUAUGCAGUAAGUGCCUUAACAAGGCUGCCACUUACUGAGUUUUUGCUUCUGUAAUUAAUCAGCAUGGCUUGCAGAGAUGUAGGGAUGAUACUAGACCUAGCAAAAGAAGUUGGUAGGGAUCAGGCAACAUUAGUUUGAUUUAUAUGACACCUAGAGAUGGUAGCUGAGGCUUUAGGUCAUGUGAUGUAGUUUACUACCUACUUACUGUAUGAGAGAAGCCCAGAGUAUACGUAGAAGGCAGAGAACAUGGUAGUAAUGUUUUGAUUUUGUUUGACAGAAGCCACAAGAACCAAAUUCUUGAAGGUCUUUAUCACGUUUGCUGUAUCAAAAACAAAAUAUCACAUAAUAAUGUGAAAUUGCUGGCACAACUGGACAAAUACCCACUGUACAAGAAUGUAGUUUCUGUGGGCUCUUAAGUCUCAUCAGGCCGCCAUGAGUUACAUGCCUCUUAGUGUGCUGAGUUGGCAUCCUCUGAACCAGCUUCUAGCCACUGUUUCUCUCAAAAUAAUCUUAGAUCUAUACCAUUCAGCCUGCUAAUUAAAAUCAAAACAAAGGACCAAUGGUGGUAUUGAUCUAUAAGCUCUUGUGUGUCACUUACAAAGGGCAAGGUUUUUAUACAGCUCUACAACCUCUCCUACUUCAGACCAGUGUCAGAUGACAAGGCCCGUUGAUAGGUUACUGGGAUGGACAGCUAUAUUGUCGUUCACUCCAGCCUUAGAGCCAUGUUGUUUCCCCUCUACCUUGCCAGCAUGUGCAUGCAUCUACUCAUUAAAACUUAGAAAGUAGUCUUGGGCACAGAUUGUAGCCAUGUCCACCCUAAGCACAACCCUUCCUACUUUAACUUCUUAUGUUAAAGCUGCCUUUAGCCUGCAUUCUUGGUGUUGGCUGACCAUCUCACGGUUGAGAGAAAAGAUAAUCUUUGAAUCUACAGCUAUAUAAGAUGGUGUUUUAAUAGAGAGGAAUACUGAAAAAUCUUGCUGCAGAUGAAAGAAAUUCGUUUUGAGAAGGAAGAAUUGUUGCUAAGUUGAGCACUUGCUAUCAAGCCAAGCUCAACUGAAGGCCCGUUCUGGACUCUUAUAACAGGUAAGUUUCUGCAAGAAAUUUUUUCUAUCACAACAUGCUGGAUUUGUUGGAGGAGGCAGGGCUCUUAACCCCUUCUGACUAAUAGUAUUGUCACCACUUCAGCACUGUGCCUUAGUCUGACUAAAUCAUAGGAAUGUCAUUUACUUUGGUGCAUCAGAUUGUACAGGCAAUUAAUUUAGAAUGCACUCAUGCCUUCUCUCCAGCAUGGGUGACAAUGCAUGGAAUAGUUGAGGUUGUACCACUGCAGAUCAUCUAGUCCAGUACCCACACCCAUGUACCUCCAUUCAAAAUAGCGUUAAGUGCCAUGUUGUUGCAUUUUGAGUCUGUUCAAAAUGGGAUGCAACGCUUUGAGCUACCCAUCAUCUUUGUCCUACAUUUGCAGUACAGCAUGCAUAUAAACCAUCACCACAGCUUUGAAGUGUCACUAGGACUCAGGAGCCCUGAGAUGCAGGAGCUACGUUAAUUCUUUCAUGUACACAUAAUAUGCAGCUCCUAAGGCUGAGGCUUUGAAGAGCCCUUCCCAAGGUCUAUACAGUUUGGACUUUAAGAACUGUUGCAGACUAACAAUCAUUUUUGUCUAGCUUUGUUCUUCUAGUGGUAGAGCAGUACACCUCAAUUUUAUAAAUGUUUAAAAGCAAGGAAACACUUCCUUCUAAGGAGAGAUAAAGAUGCACUUGCAAUUUGAAAGGGCUAGGUGCUAUUCAUGGUAAUGAGAGCUCUGGACUGUAGGUUGAAUGGAUGUAUGGAUACCUUCAGUUCUGAUUACAAUCCUUCUCUGGCUUGAGGCUGUUUUUUGUUUGGUUUGGCUUGGUUGAUUAGGUUUUUUGGGGUUGGGGUCAUUUUGGUUGGGGAUGCAAGUGGCACCCAUAAUGGACAGAAGGUUUGCUGUCUGCUUUCACAGGACUCUUUCUGUACAAGUGCAAGCAUUUGUAAUUGAUUGGUAGAUUCAAGUUAAAAUAUGUAUUGUAUUUUCUUUUUUUUUUUUUUUUUUUUCUUAAUACUAGGCCAGUCAAUUGAAUAAAUUUAAGCAGUUCUUAAUAGGGCAGGGGACAGGUAGCACCCACAUAAAGUGUAACACUAUUACAUAAACAGUUACAUGUGGUCAGGGUUGCUGCUUCUGACAUUUACUUUCAGCUGCUCUAUGUAUAUUUGACCAUGCCACAGAUUCAAGCUCAUGCACGUUUUUGUAAAGGUGUGGGUCUGUAAUUUGUGCUUGCAGAUGCAGCAGCUUUCCCAGAGCUCUUGGCUUAGCCUGCAUUUGACAUAUAUAAUCCUUUGGGCUUGGAUUUGAUUUUUAAUAUAUAUGCAUAUGUAUGUAUAUACAUAUAUAUGUGUAUAUAUAUUUACCUUCUACCAAAAGUUAUAAGGGAUUAAAAGCCCUAAGCAUAUAUAGGAAUCUAAACUAAUGUGAUCUUUUGAGUGUGGGGGGGGAAAUUCCAUCUGCAAGUGACAAGGUAAUUCAGAAUCAUUUUUUGUUGCCUUCUGUGUAUGGAAAUGAAUACCAUAGUAUUGUUAUUAUUAACAAUUCAAUGUCAUGGUUCAUAUGCACAGUGCUUGUUAAUUCUGUUAAAGCAGUAUUUUCUCAGAUAGGCUUAGUGUGUUCUUGUAGCAGAACAAAUUAUACCCUGAGAACCUAAUAUUAACACUAGGGGAAAGCUCGUAUGACAGUAUGCAGAAACAACUGUACUUGCAUGCAGGUUAGAAAGUCUUGUAUACUGCCUAGCUGCUUCACUUUGUUGCUGACAUGCAACUGACUUAUUCCUGUUUGUUACUGGAAAUAAGGAUAUUAGCACAUGAUUUGAAGAGAAAAUUUAAAAUAUUAUUUUCAGCAUAUUUGUAGCUCCAUUAGGUAUUUCUUUGGUUGAAUGGAAAAUGUUAUGUCUCUAAAGGUUUAUGCAAAAAGCGUUAUCAACCUGAAAUGUCAGUUUUAGCUGUCUUUGAAUGUUAGCAGACUGCUUUUGUAAUGUAAUAAUUGCAUCUUGUAAGACUGUGGCUACAUUUGUGCUCAAAAACUCUUUACCACUUGUCUUAAA